AUGGCAGAGGGCCUAAAGGUCCUCGAUGCAGCUUCGCGUCGAUAUCCUGAUGUGCGACUCAACACAACAACAUAUCCGAUUGGCGGGAAAUGGGCGGGCCAGACACCGUCGGUUGAGGUGGCUAGCCUGGGUGCCCUGCGCCGAGGGCUUGAGGCGUUUGGCAACCUGCGCCCCGUCAGCUUUGCCGCGCCGUCGCUGGCCCUGACGUCGCCCAUGAAGCCAGAAGUCUGCGCCGGAACCAACAUCAUGGUCGUGCGUGAGCUCACCGGCGGCAUCUACUUCGGCGCGCACAAGAGCGACGCUCGGUCGGCCAGCGACGUGGACCAGUACACGUACGACGAGGUCGCGCGGGCUGCGAGGCUGGCCGGCGUCUUGGCCACUCAGGGCCGCGGCUCCAACCCACUCCCCAUCAUCAGCCUCGACAAGAGCAACGUGCUGUCGGCCUGCGGCACUUUCUGGAGGCGCGUGGUGAGCGAGGUCCUGGCGGCCGAGUUCCCGGGUGUGCCGCUGCGCCACAUGCUCAUCGACAGUGCCGCCAUGACGCUCGCCUGCAGCCCUGCCAAGCUCAACGGCGUCGUGCUCACCAGCAACCUGUUCGGCGACAUCAUCAGCGACCAGUGCAGCGCCAUAGUCGGCAGCAUCGGUAUGCUCCCCAGCGCGAGCCUGCGCGGUGUUCCCGAUGUCGCGGACCGCGGUGCAACCAAGGGUCUGUACGAACCCGUCCACGGCUCGGCCCCCGACAUUGCCGGUGAACAAUUGGUAAAUCCUAUCGGCAUGAUACUCUCCGUGGCCAUGAUGUUCCGUUAUUCCCUCGGCAUGCCUGAUGCGGCGCAGCGGAUUGACCAGGCUGUGAGCCAGACUAUAGAGGCUGGGAUCCGUACGCCUGACCUUGGAGGGUCCGCAACAACAAGCGAGGUCGGAACUGCCGUAGCAAAAGCUUUGGAAACCCUGGUCUGA